AUGCAACCCUCAAUUGCCAUCACUCUCUUUAUCUCAGCCGCUGCUGCCUCAAAGUUCAAGGGCAACCGACACUCUUCUGUCAAGGAGCUUACUGUCUCACGAGCCCAAAAUACCUGUGGUAAUGACAUGACUGUCCAAUGCUACAACAAGGUGUCCAACAAGCCUGCUAAAAAUGCUGCAGAAGAUGGCCUGGGACUCCUUGACGAUUUGACUCUCUUUGAUGGAUGCUCUGAUCUCAGUCUUAAUGUUGUCGGCAUUCUUGAUGGCCUUCUGGGAAAGAAGUGCGGUGCCAAUGUGGCUUGCUGCCAGAACAGUCCUUCUACUGCUAGCGGCGGCCUUAUUAAUGUGGCUCUACCUUGCAUUGCACUGAGCUCUCUGAUCUAA